AUGGUUAAUAGCCCUUCAUUUCACUUUAAUCUUCAAUUCUAUGCCAUAAACUUUAAACUUGAUGUGAAUGAUUAUCAUUCUUAUUGCAGGAUCGUAUUAGGGGUUGCAUUCUCGAUGUUCAUCAUAGGCACAUUAGCCAACUCAAGAUCAAGAGAAUCUUGUGGGAUAUCAAAUAAUCGGACCAAAACCAUACUUACCCCUAAUCGGUUUCUAUCCAUCGGAGGGAUUUUGUGUUUUAUUCAUGCAUUGUUCAAUGUUGCCUAUUAUGUUUCUGUCACUGCUUCAAGAAGGGAAGAGAAGAGGCAACAAAGCCCCAAUUAAUCAUUCACUUACCAAAUGUUUCAGAUACAAUGCC